UUGCCGGGCCCGGCCCGCGGCGGCGGCUGAGGGCCCUGGUCCCGGUCACGAUCGCGAUGCUGCGGCGGAAGCCGACGCGGCUGGAGCUGAAGCUGGACGAUAUUGAGGAGUUCGAGAGCAUCCGGAAGGACCUGGAGGGCCGCAGGAAGCAGCGGGAGGACGCGGACUCGGCGGCGGCCGGUGAGGAGGCGGCGGCGCUGGGCACCGACCACAAGAGCCGGGAGCAGAUGAUCAAUGACCGCAUCGGGUACAAGCCGCAGCCCAAGGCCGGCGGCCGCGCCGCGCACUUUGGCACCUUCGAGUUCUAACGGCGGGGCCGGGCCCGCGGCACCGCGCUGCCCGGGCUGUGGGGAGCGCGCCUGUGAGCGCCCCUUGGCAAGGCUGGAGUGUAAAUAAAUAUGUCCUUUUUUAUUGUCAUUGUUAAAUAAUAA